ACCUACCAUGAUGUCGACCAGAUCUCUUGGGCUGGGUUCAGCCCUCAGAAAAGCUGCCUUUUCUCCUAGGAUUGUGCGCAACCAGGUCAUCCUCCGAAACACUGUUGCGAAGAGAUCUGCAACAACCUCCACACAAUCACUGCCAUCGUCAGCAGCUGCGGAAAUUCUGGACAAACAGCGUCUCCUCCGACCCAGCAGUCCUCACUUUACCAUCUACCAACCUCAACUUACGUGGUUAGGUUCCAUCGCCAACCGUGUCACUGGCUCUGGGCUUAGUGUCUUGCUCUACGGUUUCUCGAUUGCGUACCUGGUGGCACCUGGAACCUUUGACAGCGCUCACGUCGUCGAGUUCGUUGCCGGCCUUCCUGAAGUAGUCAAGUAUGCAGGAAAAGCGAUCCUCGCUGCUCCUUUUGCCUUCCACUCCCUCAACGGUUUGAGGCAUCUUGGUUGGGAUAUGGGGAAAUUCGUGACGGUCAAGGGAUGCUAUCGGACUGGAUACGCUGUCCUCGGUGCGACGGCCAUCUCUACCGUUGUCUUGACUUUGAUGAAGUAAAUUUGAGGAGUUGUAUUGACCUUCCUUGUCAAUCAAUUGCAUUUAUUAUUUUCGCUG